AUGGCUGAUAGAAUAAAUGGAGACUUGAUCAUCCCUUACGCAUCCUAUAUAUCAUUGGGACUCGUGGCAUUAAUCAUUAUUUCAAUGGUUUUAUUUAAACUUGCAGCUCGGGACAAUCGAUUUCUAUUCAAUUCGGAAUUAUACAUCUAUUCUCGACCUGAUCCGAAUCAACGGAAAAAUCAAGUGAAUAAGAAACAACGUGUUAAUACAUUUCUUUCACCUAAACCUACGCCGGCUGCAGAAAGCUGUGCAGCAUUAGAAUGA